AUGGGACGUUUUACGAGGGGCUCGUACGAGCCCGUCGCUCGCACUUCGUUCGACGAUGCCGAAGAGAUUGAACUGGCGAGGGAUGAUUCGAUAGAUGGGUAUCCCACGCGCGCUCGAGUCUCCCGCGUCGGACGUCUCUUAGCCCUUCUGUUCCAGACAUCCCGAGCAGCUAAAUGGCGCAUACGACGACGUUAUUCUCCCGAGACCUUCACAGUCCGUAGGAUAGUUUCCAUUCUGUUCUGCGUCCUGGUUGGCCUAAUUGUUACAACCUUUGCAUUAUUCCCGUCCUAUACUCACUUGCCUCCUCACUACCAUGCCUUGCAAUCAGCCGUCCAAGGCUCCACAACCCCAGGCCGGGGAAAUCCACAUAACUCUACCGUUUUUAUCGCGGUCAGCCUCUAUGACAAGACCGGGGCUCUGGCGGGUGGCGCGUGGGGCCAGAGUCUUCUAGAUCUGAUCGACAUGAUCGGGCCGGACCGUGUCUUCCUGAGCAUCUAUGAAAAUGACAGCGAUGCAACUGGCGAGCAGGCAUUGUCGGCGCUGAGCGAUCGAGUCCCUUGUAACAAAUCCAUUGUUUACGACAAACAUUUUAACUUCACGGGCUUUCCCACCGUUACGCUACCCGAUGGAUCCAGCCACGUGCGCCGCGUGGCCUACCUCGCAGAGGUCCGCAACCGGGCCUUGCGUCCCUUGGAUGAUCUAAACCACCGGUUCGACCGCCUCCUCUUCUUGAACGACGUCUACUUCGAUCCCCUGGAUGCCCUGCAGCUUCUUUUCUCGACACAUACCCGCGACGGCCGCCCGGACUAUCGAGCCGCAUGUGCGGUCGACUUUAUCAACCCGUUCAAGUUCUACGAUACCUUUGCCACGCGCGACCUUGAGGGCUACGGCAUGGGGCUUCCAUUCUUUCCAUGGUUCACCACUGCGGGUAAAGCCCAGAGUCGCUCGGAUGUACUGCAGGGAACCGAUGCAGUCAGGGUGCGUAGUUGCUGGGGAGGAAUGGUUGCCUUCGAUGCUGGGUUCUUCCAGCGCGACAUCCCAGCAGCAACAGACACGGAUCAGCCAACAUAUUACCGCGGACGUCGCGUGCCUGUGCAAUUUCGCGGUGAGGAAGAUCCGUUCUGGGAAUCGUCUGAAUGUUGUUUGAUACACGCGGAUAUUCAAAGCUGGCCCUCUUCAUCCUCCAUAGGUGCGGCCAAGGCUGAGAGGGACGGCGAGGAAGAUUCAGGCAUCUAUAUGAACCCCUUCAUUCGCGUGGCCUACCACUCUCGCUCUUUCAGUUGGCUCAGGAUUACUCGUCGGGUAGAGAGACUUUAUUCUGUCGCCCAUUGGCUUUCCAGCACUGCGGUUGGUCUUCCGGUUUAUAAUCCGCGUCGAGCAGAGGUUCCCGGCGAAGAAGUGCAAGAGACGGUCUGGGUAGGGGAUAAUUCGAAAGAAGGCGGGUCCUUCUCGCAAGUGACACGGAUUGCUAAUUAUGAUGGAUUCUGCGGGAGAUGGGACCUACAGGUCCUUUCUCGUCGGGAAGAGACUGGCGAAGGGGGUUGGGUCUCUGUCCCUGUCCCGGCGUUGCCGUCUUGA